UUUUUUAAAAUUAUAAUGCAAUGAUGCCGCUUACUUUGCUGAGGUGUGUAUUACUUACCCUCGUUGUUUGCGGUACCAAUGUACUUUCGUUGCGUAAUUUGCGCCAUGUAAAUCAUUCCACUUUGUGUUUUAACAACUAUCGCAACCGUAGCUACUUUAAUCGUCUGGAGAAGGAAUUAGACAACUUCAGGAACAACCCACCCCCAAAUUGCACCUUGGAAGUAUUUGGAUCACGCAAAGAUAUCUGGAUUAUAACCUGGGUUGGUCUUCCUGGUACUAUCUAUGAAGGUGAAACGUAUCGCCUCAAGAUAUUAUUCCCCAAGGAAUAUCCCUUGAAGGCACCCACUGUAUAUUUCUUACAGCCAGCACCUGUACACGCCCACGUGUACUCAAACGGCGACAUUUGUUUAAGUAGCCUUGGAUCGGACUACUUGCCUACUGCAACUGUUACAAGUUUUGUUCUUAGCAUAAUAUCAAUGUUAUCUAACGCCACUGAGAAACGUUUGCCAGCCGAUAAUCACCUGCAUGCGGAAAUGCCACCUGGUUCAGCAGACGCGCGAUACCUCUAUCACGAUGACAAAUGUUAAAAUUCAUGGCUU